UGGAAUAUUUUAUUGAGCAAAUCAAAAUUAUUUCAAAUACACACAUACAAUUAGUAUUAAUGAUAACAUGUUAUAUUAAAGGAAGUCUGUACAAUGUUCAUUUCAAUAUACUAGCUAUUAAAGAUAUAAAUUGUCAAAUAAAAAAAAUAAAACUAAUGGGUAUUAAUAAAAUGACGUAAGCAUGAAUCAGUUAAAUUGUAACAACAAUUUUAACAGACAUGAAAUUUCAAAUCGCUUAUGUUUUUAUAGUUGUACUUAACUAAUAAGUACCACGUUACAGAUGUAGAUGUAUUUAUUCAUCAAUUGAUAAGUGGUAGAUCCAAAGGAGAAAAGAUCACUGAUUAUAGCUGCUCUUAAUUUUUCUUAUUUAAUUUUUAAUGUCCUUGAUCCCAACAGUGCUGAAAAACCUGCAGCAUAUUAGGACUUUUUUCAAAGCACACUAAUGCAUUCCACAAUACAUGAAAACUGCAUAUUCUGUCAAAUGUUUUUUGAAAAGCUAAUUUUUUCAAAUAUUUUGUCCACUGUCAUUAUCAAUCCUGGUCAAACAUGUUGUUAUGGUACCUUCAGAGAAUGAGAAUAAUUCAUAAAGCAGGAUUCAUACACUUUGUUAUCAACAAAAUUCCACUACUUUUCAUGACUUUUUAAAGGUAGUUUUCAUUACUUUUUUGAACAUUUUCAAAGAUAUUUCUGCAAUCAUCAUCAUAUUAUGAUGAGAUUACAAUGUUUUGAUGUAAUAAAUGCAUCAAUUCUUUCAUUAUUUUAAAUGGCAAAAAUUUUAUUUUCAAUUUUCCAUAAUCCAACUAAAAAUUCCAUAACUUUUCAGACCAUGAAAAUGACAUUUACAAAUUCCAUGGCUCUUCAGGAUUUCCACAACCUGAAAGAAUCCUGUAAGAAUGUAUGUUUAAGUUAUGCAUAAAAGAUCGUCAAACUAGUUGUACACAACUAGUCCUACUGCUAAUAUACUGCACAGGUUCAAACGUUUAUUUGUAGCUCAUUGGUUUUUACAUCAUUAAGUCUCACACUGGAACACAUUUUGGUUUAACCAAUUUUCAGAAAUAUAGAAUAUUUCCUUGAAAAAGUGCGUAUCAUCAAGUUCCAAUACAAGAAGCUGAUAGGAAGUUCACAGGAUUCGAGGCAAAUGGGUGAGUGCUAAUGCCUUCCCAUUAAGUAAGACUGCCCUUGAAGCUUUAUAAAUACUCAAAGAGAAUGCUAGAAGGAGCAGCCCUACAAUCCAUAGAUGAAAGUCACCCAUUUGUGGCUGAGUGUGACGCUUCUGAAGUUGCCAUAUCUGCGACAUUAAACCCAGGUGGUCAGCCAGUUGCAUUCACGUCAAGAACACUGCAGGGUAGUGAACUACAUUACCCACACGUAGAGAAAAGAGGCCACAGCUAUCAUCGAAGCUGUACGCAAGUGGCUCUAUUUUCUGGCUGGUUGCCAUUUCACACUGGUAACGGAUCAGCGCUCUGUAGCCUUCAUGUUGGACAACAGGCUUCAUUUUGCUACACUGUGAAGUAUAGGCCUGGAAAGAACAAUGUGGCUCCAGACAGUUUUACUCGUGCAUUUCUUUCUUCAGUAUCAACAUCUAGCCUAGAUGACAUUCAUAAAGCCUUGUGCCAAUCAGGUGUGACUCGAAUGUUGCACUUUGUAAGAUCAAAGAACUUACCAUUCUCGACUGAGGAGGUGAAGAGAACAUGCUCUAUUUGCAAAAUAUGUGCUGAACAGAAACCUCAGUUUAUCAUCCAACACUUGAUACAUUGGUCAAAGCAACACAGCCCAUGGAACGACCGAGUAUCGACUUCAAAGGGGCCAUUGCUGUCAGCAUCACGCAACGUGUACAUACUGACUGUAUCAUCCUUUCUGUUGGAGAUUAAGAGCUACUUAUCACAAGGAGGGAUAGUGACAAGCAAAACUACUCUGUAUGAUCCAAUUGGGAAUGGACAGGUUGAAAGGUACAAUGGUAUCAUUUGGAGGGCUGUUUGUCUUGUACUGAAAUCUUCUAUUCUGCCAGAUUCCCAGUGGGAACGUGUGCUUCCAGAUGUGCUACAUUCAAUCAGAUCGUUUCUCUCAACAUCCACAAAUACAACGUCUCAUGAGAGAUUCUUUGGCUUCCAACGAAGAUCAUCGUUUGGUACUUCAAUCCCAACAUGGCUGACAACCCCAGGUCCAGUCCUACUUCUAGAUUUGUCCGAUCAAGCAAGAAUGAUCCGCUGGUUGACCAAGUCGAGCUGAAAGAGGUUAGCCCAACUUAUGCCCAUGUGCGGUAUAUGGAUGGCCGUGAAUCAACUGUUUCUUUCAGAGACUUGGCUCCUUACCCAAACAAUACCUUAGAUGCUCAGUGUGCAUCUUGGGACAGUAUAUCCAAUGUUAAUGUUACUGAUGAUCAUCAGGUCAGUCAUGCUACUGAUGUGAGUGAAUCUAUUACUCCACUCGCUACUGACAUGAGUGAUUCCACUGUUCCACACACCAAUGUGUUUGAUCAAGAACUAAUUCCUACCAGAGAUAUACGCUUGUGAUUCGACAUUCCACUCAUGAGAUAAAGAAACCUUCUCGUUAUGGCUGGUGAUAAGUGAUUUACCCGUAUCCGUAAUACAGUGAAUUUUCUUCUAGGACAGAAUGACGUAACAUUUAUAUUAUAUAUUAUGGGACAAUAACUUUGCACUGGUGAGACCAUCAUAUUGGUAAUGAGGUAUUCUGGUUUGAAAGUUUGUUUCUUUCUGUUAUAUAAGUUUACAGUUAAUUAAAGCCUACAUUGGAUACAACAUUCACUUUUGAUUAAUUAAUUUUACAGUUAACUAUAUUAGGU